CAAGUAAACGGACAAAUGCAGAUGUUGCGUGUUUAUUGUAAUGGACGUGAAACUUCUUUCUUAGAAUGUCAACUCUCAGUAGUUCAAUCAAGCAGCUGUAUUGAUGACGGAUACGCUGGAGUCGUUUGUUACCAGGCACUAAACGAUUCGGUAAGAAUCGUAAAUGGAAGCUCUCCAGAUGAGGGCCAAGUAGAGGUCUAUAUUAACGAUCAUUGGCAGAGUGUAUGUGACAUAGGUUGGGACAAAAGAGAAGCUGAGGUCGUCUGUAAAAGCAUUGGGUAUUCAGGAGGUGUACCUGCUCCUUCAUCUACGUUUGGAGAAAAGAACAAUCAAGUAUGGAUGUUGGGUGAUGUUUACUGUUAUGGAAGUGAAACCUCUUUGUUUGAAUGUCGGCUGUCAGUAGUUGAUCCCAGCAACUGUGUUAAUGGCGGACAUGCCGCAGUCUUAUGCUAUCACUCAGGAAAUGAUACGGUAAGAAUCGUUAAUGGAACCUCGGAAAAAGAAGGUCGAGUAGAGGUUUUGAUGAAUGGUGAAUGGCUCAGUAUAUGUGACAGUGGUUGGGACAAACGUGAAGCCGAUGUGACUUGCAGAAGAAUAGGGUAUUCCGGAGGCCUGCCUGCUCUGUCGUCUUUGUUCGGAGAACAAAGUGGACAAACUCGCAUUUUGGGGGAUGUUUACUGUAACGGAGGUGAAACGUCUUUACUAGGAUGUAGACUCUCAGUCAUUGAAUCAAGCAGUUGUACAAAUGGCGGACGUGCUGGAGUCAUCUGUUAUGACAAAGGAAAUGACACGGCAAGAAUUACAAAUGGUAGCUCAGUAGAUGAAGGUCGAGCAGAGCUUUUGUUUAACGGCGAAUGGCGAAGUGUUUGUGACAGUGGAUGGGACAAACGUGAAGCCGGUGUCCUUUGUAAAAGUUUGGGAUAUUCAGGAGGUCUCCCGGCAGUAUCAUCUAUGUUUGGAGAAGGAAGCAAACGCAAAUGGAUGUUCAGUAAUUUUAACUGUUACGGAGGUGAAACCUCCUUGUUCAAGUGUGGACUAUCAAUAAUUGAAGCCAGUAGCUGUGUUAAUGACGGACACGCAGGUGUUGUUUGUUACCACUCAGGAAACGAUUCGGUGAGAAUGGUUAAUGGAAGCUCUAUGCAUGAAGGCCGGGUCGAAAUAUAUCUAGGAGGGCAAUGGCAUAGUGUAUGUGACAGUGGAUGGGACAGACGGGAAGCUGACGUGACUUGUAGGAGCAUUGGAUAUUCCGGAGGCUUACCUGUAUUAUCAUCUAUGUUUGGAAAAGGAAGCAAUAAUUCAUGGAUAUUGGGAGGUGGCUACUGUUACGGAAGUGAAACAUCCAUACUAGCCUGUUCAUUUACAGCUGUUGAAGCCAGAAGCUGCUAUAAUGGCGGACAUGCAGGAGUCCUUUGUUUUUAUUCAAGAAAUGAGUUGGUUAGGAUUGUAAAUGGUACCUCAGACAAAGAAGGUCGAGUAGAAAUUUUAACUGGUGGGCAGUGGCGAAGUAUAUGUGAUGGAAGUUGGAACAAGUUUGACGCUAACGUUACUUGUAGAGGCUUGGGGUAUUCGGGAGGAUUUCCAGUUUUAUCCUCUUUUUUCGGGGAGGGCAAUAGUGAGUUAUGGCUGAGUAAUGUUAAUUGUAACGGAGAUGAGGAUUCUCUGCUCCACUGCAAGCCGUUAUCUUUAAUGUCUACGAGUUGUUAUUCUAAUGGAAAAAAUGCAGGAGUCGUUUGCUACAAUUCAUUAAAUGAAUCAGUGAAAAUACAAAACAGAACUUCGACAGAAGAUGUAAUUGUAGCUAACCCUCAGGUACUUAUACAUGGCAGUUGGAUAGGAUUGUGUAAAGACAAAUGGGAUGACAGAGAAGCAAAAGUCAUCUGCAGAAGUCUUGGUUACGUAGGUUAUGGUGGCUUGUUAUACAGUAUGCAAGACAGAAAUUCAUACAACGAACUCUAUGUUAAAGAUUUUCGCUGCAUUGGCAGUGAACAGUCGUUAGCUGAAUGUUCAUUUGGAGUUAUAGGUUCGGACAUUUGUAGUAUUAAUGGUGAAGUGGGAGUGCGGUGCCAUAACGAUGUUAGAAACUAUACUAGACUUGUUAAUGGAUCAUCAAACAAAGAAGGGCGUGUAGAGGUAUUUGUAAAUGGGAAAUGGGGCACUGUUUGUGACGAUUUAUGGGGAAAUGAAGAUGCAACUGUGGUGUGCAAAAGCCUUGGAUAUUUAGGAAUUGCAACUGCUCACCAUUCAGCUUAUUUUGGAGAAGGACAGGGGUCAACUUGGUUGGAUAACGUUAAGUGCAAAGGUACAGAAGCUUCCAUCUUUGAUUGUGAGCACAAUGGGUAUGGAGUAGAAAACUGUAGUCACCGUGAAGAUGCUGGUGUUACAUGUACGUAGGUCCUUGAUAGUUAAAUGGAUGUCUUCCAAUAGACAAUGAUCAUAGAUCUCGUAUUUUUGUUUGGAUGUGAAUUUUAUUCAACGAGUUAUGGAUUUUCAAACUUUAGAUAUAGUUUGUAUCACGUUUUAUAUUUGAUAUAUAUAAAGAUUUUACCGCGA